CCGCCCCCAGCGCGGCCCGGGCGCUCCGAGCCCCCCGGUCCCGGUUCUGGUUCCGGUUCUGGUCCAGGUUCUUGUCCCGGUCCCGGUUCCUGUCCCGCUCUGGACUCUCUCUCAGGAUCCCAGAGGGAGGAAGCACACCCUCCUCCUCCUCCUCCUCCUCCUCCUCCGCCAAAUCCAGGAUCCCAGAGGGAGGAAGCACACCCUCCUCCUCCUCCUCCUCCUGCAGGCAUGGCGGUUCCCAGCGCCGCCGAGCAGCUCCGCGCCGCCGCCUCGUGCCCGGUGUGCCUGGAGCUGUUCCGCGACCCCGUCUCGCUGCGCUGCGGCCACAACUUCUGCCGGGGCUGCGUGGAGCGCUGCGGGCCGAGCCCCGGCGCGGCGGCGGCGGCGGCGGCGGGGCCGCUGUGCUGCCCGCAGUGCCGGGACGCGGCCCCGGGCGGGAGCAGCCUCCGACCCAGCCGGGAGCUCGGGCACAUCGCGGGCAUCGCCCGGGAGCUGCUCCCGGGGCUGCUGCGGGCGGCGCCGCCGGGGCCGCCGGGACCGGGCUCCGUGUGCGGGCGGCACCGGGAGCCGCUGCGGCUCUUCUGCCGCGAGGAGCGGGCGCUGCUGUGCCCCGAGUGCGCGCGGGGACACCCGGGGCCGGGACAGCGGGAGCAGCACCGGGUGGUGCCGGCCGAGGAGGCGGCGCGGGAGUACCGGGAGCAGAUCCAGAGCUGCCUCCAGGCGCUGAAGGAGGAGAGAGAAAAAUUCCUGGAAAGCCGAAAAUCCGGCGCCUGGAGGAGCCUGCACCUGGACAGGGCGCGGGGCGAGGGGCAGCGCCUGGCGCGGGAGUUCCAGGAGCUGCGGCGCUCCCUGGAGGAGCAGCAGCGCCUCCUGCUGGCGCAGCUCGGGGACCUGGAGGCGGCCGCGGGCCGGGCGCGGGCCCAGGCGGUGGGAAAGGUCUCGGAGGAGUUGUCGCAGCUGGACACGCUCAUCUGGGAGAUGGAGGGGAAAUUCCAGCAGCCCCCGAGCCGAUUCCUGCAGGACAUCCAACAGCUCCUGGACAGCUGUGAGAGGAUGAGGUUCCACCCCCCGGCCGAGAUCUCCCCCGAGCUGGAGAGGAGCCUGGAGGAUUUUGUCCAGAGGAACAUCCUGGUGAGGGGCACCUUGAGGAGAUGCCAAGACAGCCUCAUGUUCCUGCUGCAGGAGCCGGCCUCCCUGACCCUGGACCCGCACACCGCGCACCCUCACCUGCACCUGUCCGCCGACGCCAAGGAGGCGCGGGGGCAGCUCCAGCCGCGCCGCGUCCCCGACCACCCCGGGCGCUUCGACUUCGAGCCCUGCGUGCUGGCGCGGGGCGGCUUCACCUCGGGCCGGCAUUUCUGGGAGGUGGAGGUGGGCCAGGGCGGCGUGUGGGCGCUGGGCGUGGUGCGGGAGUCCUCGCGCCGGGGGCCCCUGAGCCUGAGCCCCGCCAGGGUGUGGGGCGCUGCAGGCGUUUCCACCGCCACGUCGCAGGCCGCGCUGCGCCUGUAGCCGCCGCCGCGCCUCGCGUGCGCGCUGGACUACGAGGGCGCCGGUGGCGUUCUUCAGCGCCGGGCGGCGACGCCCAUCCUGGAGUACACCCGCGCCGCCUUCAACGGCGAGCGGCUGCUGCCCUGGUUCAAGGUGGGCUUGGGGGCGCGGCUGCUCGAGGUGACGCGCGGCGAGAGCCGCCCGGAGCGCGCGGUGGCCGGGAGGGUCGUGUCCCCCCUGGACUGGGUGGGAUUCGGUUCUCGCUGCGGAUCUGCUCCUGACGGGAUGAAUCCCCAGCGAUGCCAGCCCUCUGAGUCCGUUGGGAGGUCCGGGAUGGCUCCGAGAUCGGCCGGAGGUUCCAGUGGCGUGUGACGCUUUUACCUUGUUGUGCCCUUGGCGGGAUGAAUCCCCCCCGAAGUGUUUCCUCUUUUCCCGAAGUUUCAGAACCCAGGAAAUCCCUCUGGCUGCCCUGGAGGUGACGCGCGGCGAGCGCUGCCCGGAGCGGGCGGUGGUCGGGCGGGUCGUGUCCCCCCUGGGCUGGGCAGGAUUCGGGUUCUCGCUGCGGGUCUGCUCCCGAGGGAUGCGGGGAGGAAUCCCGGGUGGUGCCACCCCUCGGUGUCCAUCGAGAGGUCUGCGAUUGUCACAUCUGUGGCAUCGGAUGGCUCCAAGGAUCGGCCCGGGGUUCCUGGAGGAGCCCGGUUUGGCGUGUGAAGCUUUUACCUUGUUGUGCCAUCGGCGGGAUGAAUCCUUCCCGAAGUGUUUCCUCUUUUCCCAAAAUUUCAGAACCCAGAAAAUUCCUCUGGCUGCCCUGGAGGACUCGAGCCCCUGCCCAAGACCCCCGUGCCUUUGAUUUGGCCCUUAGAAAAAAACAAUUAUCAGCCUUUUAUAUGAAGAAUUACAAGCCAUGAAUAUUUAAGUAGAAUUAUAGCAAAUCUAUCACGGGGUGAAAAAAAAAUAGAUUUUUGGGGUUUUUAGAAUGGGGCAAGAUGGUGGAAUCUGGGUGUGUCCUUCUUCUUCUUGGCCUGCAUCUUCUGCUGUGAUUGGUUUAGAGUAGAAACUCGCUGUCUAAC